UGUAGGUGUAUUUCAAUUUUAAGUUAAAAAGAACAACUAAAUCUAUAAUUAUGAGAUCUUUUCAUGCUUUAUAUUUUACAAUCUUGAAUAUAAGUAGAUAGUAGUGUCACGAAUCAAGGAUGGAUUCGGAAGCAAUCGCAGAUAUAUAACAUUUAUUAUAUUAACAAACAACAAAACACAGACACUAAGACAACUAGGCAAAAUUCUGUGGAACGAAACAGGGAACAUGGUAGUCUAUGACAACGAAAUACAGAAAAUCAUUGCAGACAAUGGCUAUAUAUACAAGCGUGCUCAUUAACAGAAAUGUGAAUCAGUUGCAGGUGGUCAUGUGACAUGUAGUGCAGUGUAGUGGCUGAUGGGAACUGGAGUCCCGAGUUUCCUGAUAGAUGACAACUAGUACAUAAGCCACUGAGCGCUUCACAUUGUUUUACAUAAUAAAUCUAUUAAAAUGAUUAUUAUAAAUAUACAUGAAAAACGUGUAUAAUGUGUACCAAUAUUAUGAAUUUAAGAACAUUGGAAAUUAAGGUUAAGUAUGGUUACACCUGAUCAUAAAAACAUUUGAUGCAAUUUCCCCUGACAAUUUUCUUAUUCAAAUUCCAUACUAUCUCUGCAGGUAGUGUCAUUGCCUCAUAGCUACAGGGUACCCGAUUUGAUCCUGAGCUCCGUGUCCCUGCGGGUUGUGUCCGGAUUCUCCAGUGCUUUAAAAGAUUUAUUUUUAUAAAGCCAUGAAGGUGCUGAAUAAGGAAGAGAUGAAAAAGCUGAGGAAGUGCUCAGAUAUUACUUUCCCCAGUCACAACAGGUUUGUAAACCACACAGUUAAUGCGCUAUAUAUGCCGGGUAUGUUUGUUAGUUUGUUAGCUUUUUUUGUCAUAUGCUUUUGGCUUUGACUCAAAAUAAAGGGAGUUUGUUGCUUUACUGCCAUUUGUGUUAAUCUCCAUUUUGAAGCCUUGCCUAUUGUGAACACUUUUAAAAGUAAAUCCACACUAAAUCGCAUAUAUCUAAAAGUUUCUGCUUCACUGCUCUCUCAAGGUUGAAACUUUCAAGCAUGUUGCUGCUUUAAAGGAUUUAAAGCUGAUCAUUUUUGCUUCCACUACUUCCUGCCUGGACUAUUGCAAUGCAUUGUUUUCCUGACUUUUUAUUUUUGUUUGUUUUUACAGUGUAGCCACCCUUCCCUGUGGCUCUUUUAAAACAUGUUCUGAUGUAAUUUGCUUUGCACAAAUUUAUAUAUGUGACUGUGAGCAGCAGGGGCUUUGCAGAAUCAUGAAGGCGUUGAGCAAGCACGAGCUGAAGAAGGUUUUGGAAGUACUCAGACAUUACUUUCCCAAGUCACAAGAGAAACCAGACUUUUAUAGAGAUGUGAUCAUUUUUACUAAGGACGAAUCAUGUCUCAGAAACAUACUAACCAGGACAGACGUCCUAGACUGGAAGCAGUUCAUCAGUCUAAGUAUUGAUCUGCAGCAUGAGGAAAUGUUAAAUGCUGUAGCAUUGAACAAUGGUGUACCAAUGAACAAAAUAUGUACCAGCCACGUAAUGAGCCUGGAGGAUCCAUCCAACCUUCCAGCUGACAAGUUAUCUAUUCAAGUCUCAUCAGUCAAGGAGUCUCAUGUUGCUCUGAUCAACAGCGCAUGGAAGUUUGGCAAGGGUGAAUUCACUGAGCCCAUGGUCAGGAACAUGAUCUUGAAUUACCCUUCGUGUUGUCUGCUGGACUCAGAGGGUCAGCUAGUGUCAUGGAUAUUGAGCUAUGCUUCCUGUGCGAUGGGAAUGCUGUACACAAUGCCAGAGCACAGACAGAAAGGCUACGCCAAAGCCCUGGUCACCACAAUGGCAAAGAAACUGCAUUCAGAGGGCUAUCCAGUGUACUGCCUCGUUGAAGAGGAGAACCAGUUGUCUUACAGCCUCUUAAAAAGUUUAGGUUUCACCAUGGAUCCGUCUUACAGGACUGCUUGGAUUAAGUUUAAUUAAUCAUGUUAGUUUAUUUAGUUUUUAUUCAGUUUUAUACAAAUGUUCUUCCCUUGUACGUGUGGGUUAUCUCCGGAUUCUCUAGUUUCCUCCAACCUCCCAAAAACAUGCUAGUAUGUGGACUAGCUAAAAUAUAUUGUGAGUUGGUGUAUAAAUGUGAGUGCAUGUUGCCCUGUGAUGCACUGGCGUCCCAUCAGGGAUGUGUUCCCAGGAUAGGUUACAUACAGAUCUACAUAGACCCUGACCAGGAUAAAGCGAUUACUGAAAAUGAGUGAGAGAGCUUCCAUAUUCAUUACUUUCAUCUUUGGUGCGUCUGUACGAUCAAACUCCUCUGAUCGGACUGCGUGUAAUAUUUUAACAGUAUGAAAAAAAGUUUGGUUUUUUUUGCAGUUAUAUAAGCAGUAUCAGUAUUAUAAAGAGGUAUAGUAAGUAGACUAUUAUAACAAAAAGUAGCAAAUAACACUUUUAUUGUUAUAUACAGUUAUGUAUAUGGGUGACCUUGGAGAGAUGAACUAUACUGCCAGACGGUUUACAAAUGCGUUUUGCCCUUUUUAGAAGUUAUAUCAUUUCAUAUGUCAAUAAAAUCCAUCAGAUGCAAUUUUAUUCCUUUAAUUUAAUUAUUUGGUU